AUGGCUGACCCCUCCCUCUACACCUACCCCUCCCCCCUCACGGGCUACGAAAACCUCUCUCCUCUCCCCAACGAACUCAAUCCCGACGGAAAAAGUCUCGUGAAUCCUCCUACGGGGAUUCAAAGCCCUAGUUACGAGAAAUUUAUUGAACCUUUGGAUAAUGGGGUUAGGGGUGCUUUUCCCGGAACUUCGCGUCUACAGAUUUUGGGAAGAACCAAUUGGACCUCAUCCUGUUGCAAUGUUUGA